AGAGUGCCCCCUUACAUCAGGGGUGCCCAUCAGAGUGCUCCUUUACAUCAGGUAUCCCCAUCACAUUGCCACCUUACAUCAGGUAUUGCCAUCAGAGUGCCCCCUUACACUCAAAGUACCCCUUUCCAUCAUAUUUCCCCAUCAGAGUGCCCCUUUCCAACACAUGUGACCAUCAGAGUGCCCCUUUCCACAGUGUGUGCCCAUAUGUGUUCCCUUAACAUAAAUUGUGCCCAUCAGAGUGCACCUUAACAUAAAAUGUACUCAUCAGAAUUCCCCUUAACAUAAAAUGUGCCCAUCAAAGUUCCCUUUAACA